UUCGCCAGAAGGGUACGAGAGAGCUGCAGAAGUGGCCACUCGAAACCGAAGAUUUGUUCUAUUGACAUGGACGCGUGAGCAACAGCCCUGUCGACAGCCUUGCUGUUGUUGUUGUUGUUGUAGCCACGCUCCACACCACGCUCCACAACCCUGCUCUCGUCGCGUCGUGCUUCCUGAGCUGCUGCUGUUGCUGAUCUCGAUCGUCUUGCUUUUCUAACUUAGCCACAAUCGUCGUCACGAAUCCUGGUGAGGAGUGGUCAUGGCAUCAGCUGGGGGUUCUGGGACGCAAGUGCGGAAGUCUGACGAGGAGUGGAGAGCUAUUUUGAGCCCCGAGCAAUUCCGAAUCUUGCGAAAAAAGGGAACUGAAUACCCUAAUUCCGGCGAGUACAAUAAGACCUAUAACGACGGUGUGUAUAAUUGUGCUGGCUGUGAAGCGCCUCUUUACAAAUCCACCACAAAGUUUGACUCCGGCUGUGGAUGGCCAGCAUUCUUUGAGGGGAUCCCCGGUGCCAUCAAUGAAACACGUGAUGCAGAUGGUCGUCGUGUGGAGAUUACAUGCGCUGCCUGUGGAGGUCACUUGGGCCACGUUUUCAAGGGCGAGGGAUUUCCUACCCCUACGGAUGCCAGGCACUGUGUUAACAGUGUCUCGUUGAAGUUUACACCAGCGAACAUGGCUUAGAUUACAGGUGUUCAUUUCUAUUAAAACAGCUGUUGAAGAAACAAGGUUGGAGGUCCAGUGCUUCUGCACAAAGCUUUACGUUUCAUAUAGAUUUGUCUAUCAGAAGACUCAAUUGAGCACUUCACUUUAUAUAAACUAUCACUCUCUCCGACACAUAUCUAUAUCUAUAUAUAUAUAAUUAUGUUAGUAAGAGGAGCAUCACUUUCAUCACAGGCAUCUUCGUCAACCAUUUGGAAGUAAAUUCAAUGGUUUUCAUCUGUGUGGGCUCUCAAGCUUAAGCAUACUAGACUGUAGACUCCUAGCUUGUCCGAGUGUUGUACAUUUCUAUUAUUAUUACCAUAAAAGCAUAUUAAUCGAAAUGGUUUUUUAAA